AUGCCCGACUCGGCGAGCUCGAGCCAGGAGUCGUCGGACGACGACUUCGACGAGGUGAGCGCGAACGCGCGGCGCGGGUCGUCGCUCCUCGUGCCCCUGGCGCCGUCGCCGCCGCCGCCGUCGGCGCAGCGCGCGGCGUCGCCGAAUAAGUCCUUCAAGAAGCGCACGACGGUCAUGCUGCAGCAGACCGAGGUCGACGACGAGGACUUUGAGAAGAACCAGAAGAAGGCGUCCGCGGCGUCCAAGGCCGCGCCCGCGGAGAAGCCCCAGCGGCGGAGCUCCAUCUACCGCGACGACGGCAAGGCCGACCUGCGGGCCGUCGCGCGGUCGACGAUGCGCCAGACGCAGCGCGCGCUCACGGGCCGGCGGCCGUCGCGGCUCCUGCCGCCGCCGACGGAGGACUUCGCGGAGUGGUUCCUGCGGUCGCAGCACCCGGCGACGUCCGCGCGCCUCCGCAAGGAGAUGGCGUCGACGCUCGGGCCCGUGGCCAUCUGCGACCGCCUCGACAUCGACGUCCUGCUCCGGGUCGCGGUGCGCCAGCUCCGCUUCGUCGCCGGCGCGGACGUCGUCACGAUCCACACGAUGAACCGGCGCACGGGCCGCCUGCGGCCGCGCUUCUCCACGGACAUGGCGCGCUGGAAGCGCUGCCACCCGUCGCGGCCCGAGGACCCCACCGUCGAGGCCUGCUACGAGUCGCGCGCGCUGCUGAACGUCGCGAACGUCGCGUCGUGGGCCGAGGCGCGCGCGGGCAUGGGCGGGCCGCGGCAGCCCGCCUUCGACGUCGGCGGCCGCUACAUGACGCGGUCGACGCUCUGCGUGCCGCUGGUGCUGCCCCACCAGGUCCACGGCCUCGGCGACGGCGGCGACGCGAAGCGGUGCCUGGGCGUGCUCCAGCUCACGAACCGGCUGAACCGCCGCGCGUGGCUCGGCCCGGGCCCGGAGACGCGGGGCGGCGUCACGACGGAGCUGGCGCUGGCGCAGCGCACGCGCGCCUUCAGCCACCGGGACGAGUGCGCGGCCUACGUGCUCGCCGCGGCCGUGUCGUUCCUCUUGUACUACGAGCGCGAGGUCCGCGCGAUGCGGAGCGCGCAGCUCGCGGCGACCUGGGGCGGCUCGACCUUCGGCGGCGGGCGGGGCGCCCUCGUCGCGCGCCACGGCGGCGCGCUCGGCGCCGGCGGGGGCGCGGCGCACGGCGCGGACGCGACGCGCGACCUCGCCGUGAGCCGGUUCCGCUACGCGCAGUGCGCGUGCUCCGUGCUCCAGGGCACGUGGAUCCCCAAGGACGUGCUCGACAUGAACCUGGGGCGCGACGGCGAGCGGCGCGACUCGCUGUCGUCCGUCCACGGCGGCGCGGACGACGAGCCGCGGAUUCUGAGUGACGAGCAGCGGCUCGCGACGCCGCGCAUGGCCAUGGCCGAGGCCGUCGUCGCCGCGACGCUCGUGGCGUCGCGGCGCCUCGAGUGCGCCCACCUGUCGUGCUACCGCCUCGAGGCCCUCGAGAUGCACCUCAACGCGUUCGUCGGCGCGACCAAAGCGUUCUCCGCGUUCCGCCGGUGCUUCAAGCGGCGGCGGCGGGAGACGUGGUGGAUGUCGCCCGUCCAGGGCAAGUUCAAGAAGUUCAAUUUGGUGGGCCUGUCGCGCCACGUGAAGAACGCGCGGCGCAUGCAGCACGCGUUCUGGCACCUCGACGACGACAUCCGCGCGCGGAUAAGGCGGCGCAAGGUCAAGGACGACAUCCGGUCCCACGCGAAGCGCGCCGGGGCCCGGAAGCGGCCCUGGUUCGACGGCUUCCCCAUGGUCGCUUUGGACGACGACGCCGCGCCGCGGCCGUCGCCCGUGCGGAAGCCGCCGGGCGCGCCGUGCCCGCGCGGCGACGACGCCGCGUCCGCGGUCGCCGUCGCGCCCGCGGCGCCCUACCCGGACGUCGACGGGCCCAUGGAGCGCACGGGCUGGUCCUUCGACGGCGUCCCGGCCAUGCCGCCCAUCCACCCGCACCGCAUGUCGCGCGCGACGCUCGCGCCCGGGGACGACGUGAGCUGCGUGACCUUCAACACGCGGCCGACCUUCGACGCGGGCUACCUCGAGGACGACCUGACCUUCGACGCCGACGCGUCCUACGCCAAGUCGUCGGUCUUCGGCGAGCACUUCGGCGAGAGCAGCAACGACGUCUACCCCUGCGCGCUGCCGGGCUUCGCGGGCGCGGCCGACCCGCUCGGCUCCUGGCGGAGCCUCGCGCUGUUUUAA